GACACACUGCAUAAUCCUUAUAAACUAAUCGUACUGUAAACACAAGAUUGUAUGACCAAAGACAAUUUCCUUAAAAAGAUGUGGAUAUUUCACCUGAUUUUAAUUGCGUGAUUGUUUUUGUGUGUUUAGGAGUAUAAUUUAUUUCAGCAGUAGAGAUCAGCAUCUUCAGGAUUCAGCAGUGUGUCCAUGAGCUCUCUGUACAUACACUAAUAUUCAAACAUGGAGAGCCGUGAUCUGGAGACAGAGAAUGAGACCCCGCCCUCAGAAAAGCAUAAACUCCAGAUAAAGAGAUCAGACUCACCAGAACCCAGCUGUGUCUCCAUGAAGAGUGAUGGGUCUAUGGAUCCUCCUAGGAACUUUAAAAGUGGAGACUCCUCAUCUGUACACAGUAAACUCCAGAGAAAGAGAUCAGACUCACCAGAACACAGCUGUGUCUCCAUGAAGAGUGAUGAGUCUAUGGAUCCUCCUAGGAACUUUAAACGUGGAGUCUCCUCAUCUGUACACAGUAAACUCCAGAUAAAGAGAUCAGACUCACCAGAACCCAGCUGUGUCUCUAUGAAGAGCAAUGAGUCUAUGGAUCCUCCUAGGAACUUUAAAAGUGGAGACUCCUCAUCUGUACACAGUGAUCCACAGAAGACGGGAGACAGAAACAAAAAGAUCAUUAUUACAGAUACAAGUCACAGACAUGACAUGGAAUCUGCUGCUGUGAAUGAAUUCCAGAAAAAGUUCAGAUUAAAUCUGAUGAAGAAGUUUGAGUGUGUAAAUGGAGUCAUAAUAAAUCAGGAAAACCGAACGCUCCUGAAUGAAAUCUACACAGAGCUCUACAUCACAGAGGGAGACAGUGGAGACGUCAAUAAAGAACAUGAGGUGAGACAAAUCGAGGCAGCGUCCAGUAGAACAACAUCAGAGGAAACACCAAUCAAAUGCAAUGACAUCUUUAAGCCCUUAUUGGAUCAAGACAAACCCAUCAGACCUGUGCUGACAAAGCCCUUAUCUAAAAAACCCAAAUCCAUCAGAACUGUGCUGACAAAGCUCUUAUCUAAAAAAACCAAACCCAUCAGAACUGUGCUGACAAAGCUCUUAUCUAAAAAACCCAAACCCAUCAGAACUGUGCUGACAAAGGGAGUCGCUGGCAUCGGAAAAACAGUCUCUGUGCAGAAGUUCAUUCUGGACUGGGCUGAAGGGAAAACAAAUCAGGACCUCUCGCUCAUAUUUCCACUUCCUUUCAGAGAGCUGAAUCUGAUGAAAGACCAGAAACUAAGUCUGAUGGAGCUCCUUCAUGUCUGUUUUAAGGAAACAAAAGAAACAGAAAUCUCCAGUUUGGAAGAGGUUCUGUUCAUUUUUGAUGGAUUGGACGAGUGUCGUUUUCCUCUGGAUUUCCAGAACACAGUGAGAGUGUGUGAUGUAACUGAAUCAGUAUCAGUGCCUGUGCUGCUGAUAAACCUGAUCAAAGGGAAUCUGCUUCCCUCUGCUCUCAUCUGGAUCACCUCCCGACCAGCAGCAGCCGAUCAAAUCCCCUCUGAGUGUGUCGAUCGAGUCACAGAGGUACGAGGGUUCAAUGACCCACAGAAGGAGGAGUACUUUAGGAAGAGGAUCAGUGAUCAGUGCCUGGCCAAUGACAUCAUCACACACCUGAAGUCAUUAAGAAGCCUCUACAUCAUGUGUCACAUCCCAGUCUUCUGCUGGAUCUCAGCCACUGUUCUAGAGAGAAUGUUGCGUGAAGCAGAGAGUGGAGAGAUCCCCAAGACUCUGACUCAAAUGUACACACACUUCCUCAUCAUUCAGCUAAACAUCAUAAGAGAAAAGUAUUCAGAGAAGCAGGAGAGUGAUAAAGAAAUGCUUCUCAAACUAGGACGACUGGCUUUUGAGCAGCUGGAGAAACACAACCUGAUCUUCUAUGAUGACGACCUGAGAGAGUGUGGCAUUGAUGUGAGAGAAGCAGCAGUGUACUCAGGUGUGUGUACACAGAUCUUCAAAGAGGAGUUUGAGCUUCACCACAGUAAAGUGUACUGCUUUGUUCAUCUGAGUAUUCAGGAGCAUCUCGCAGCUCUGUAUGUGCACCUGAUGUUCAUGAGGGAAAAGAGAAAUGUUCUUGAACAGAGUCAGUCCUUUAAGACAAUCUCAGAUGUUCACAUUAGUUAUGUAGAUCAGGCCUUAAACAGUAAGACUGGACAUCUGGAUCUUUUCCUCCGCUUUCUUCUGGGUCUCUCACUGGAGUCCAAUCAGAAACUCUUACAUGACUUAGUAACACAGAUAGGAAGAAGCUCACAGAGCAAACAGGAAACAGUUCAGUACAUUAAGAAGAAGAUCAGUGAAGAUCUUCCUACAGAGAAAUCCAUCAAUCUGUUCCACUGUCUGAAUGAACUGGGUGAUGAUUCUCUAGUGGAGGAAAUCCAACGCUACCUGAAAUCUGGAAAACAAAGUGAACUCUCUUCCUCACAGUGGUCUGCUCUGGUGUUUGUCUUACUGACAUCAGCAGAAGAGCUGGAGGAAUUUGACCUGAAUAAAUAUAUCAGUCCAGAGAAGAUAACAGAAACUGUUCUUGUGAGGGUGAUGCCUGUGAUUGCAGCAUCCAGAAAAGCAAUUAUCAGGUGUGAUAGAAUUGAAGGGAGAAGUGGUGACGCUCUGGUCUCAGUGCUCAACUCAGAAACCUCCAAUCUAAGAGAACUGCGUCUGACUGUGAAGACACUCGACCUGUACAUGAAUAAACUAACAGACUCAGGAGUGAAGCGUCUCUGUGCUGUACUGGAGAAUCCUCACUGUAAAGUGGAGACACUGAGGUUGCGUGGUUGUGGUGUCUCAGAUGAAGGCUGUGCUGCUCUGACUUCAGCUCUGAGAUCAAACCCCUCACACCUAAGAGAACUAGAUCUGAAGGGGAAUGAAAUAGGAGACUCAGGAGUGAAGUGUGUCUCUGCUGUACUGGAGAAUCCUGACUGUAAACUGGAGACACUGGGGUUGCGUGGUUGUGAUGUCUCAGAUGAAGGCUGUGCUGCUCUGACUUCAGCUCUGAGAUCAAACCCCUCACACCUGAGACACCUGGAUCUGUCCUGUAAUAAUCUAGGAGAUUUAGGAGUGAAGUGUGUCUCUGCUGUACUGGAGAAUCCUGACUGUAAACUGGAGACACUGAGGUUGUGGGAUUGUGGUGUCUCAGAUGAAGGCUGUGCUGCUCUGACUUCAGCUCUGAGAUCAAACCCCUCACACCUGAGAGAACUGGAUCUGUCCUAUAAUAAAAUAAGAGACUCAGGAGUGAAGUGUGUCUCUGCUGUACUGGAGAAUCCUGACUGUAAACUGGAGACACUGGGGUUGGUGUAUUGUGAUGUCUCAGAUGAAGGCUGUGCUGCUCUGACUUCAGCUCUGAAAUCAAACCCCUCACACGUGAGAGAACUAGAUCUGAAGGGGAACAAAAUAGGAGACUCAGGACGAAAGUGUCUUUCUGCCCUUAAGCACAAUAAACAUUACAAACUACAGACACUAGAGUGA